AAUGGCCAUCCGAAACUGGACAGACACCGUGAGCACCCUCCUGGUUAUGACAGUUCUUCUACCAUGAUGAGUAGUGAGCUGGAAUCCAGCAGCUUCAUUGACUCUGAUGAUGAUGACAACACAAGCAGGUUGAGUAGCUCCACUGAGCAAAGUACUUCAUCCCGGCUCAUACGGAAGCAUAAACGCAGGAGGAGGAAACAAAGGAUGCGGCAGAUUGACAGGUCGUCUUCGUUCAGCAGCAUCACUGAUUCUACCAUGUCCCUAAAUAUCAUCACUGUCACACUCAACAUGGAAAAGUAUAACUUCCUGGGAAUCAGCAUUGUAGGACAGAGCAAUGACCGGGGUGAUGGUGGCAUAUACAUUGGCUCUAUUAUGAAAGGAGGGGCUGUGGCAGCAGAUGGCCGAAUUGAACCAGGAGACAUGCUUCUGCAGGUGAAUGAUGUCAAUUUUGAGAACAUGAGCAAUGAUGAUGCAGUACGGGUUUUACGGGAAAUAGUCUCCAAACCAGGACCUAUCAGCUUAACAGUAGCCAAAUGCUGGGACCCUACUCCCAGGAGUUAUUUCACCAUCCCCAGGGCUGAACCAGUGAGGCCAAUCGACCCUGCGGCGUGGAUCUCUCAUACCACAGCCAUGACGGGAGCGUACCCCCGUUACGGUAUGAGCCCCUCCAUGAGCAUCACCACAUCUACCAGCUCCUCACUAACAAGCUCAAUUCCCGAUUCGGAAAAAUUAGAAGAAUCUCCCUUAACUGUGAAGAGUGACAUGGCUACUAUUGUCAAGGUUAUGCAGCUACCAGACUCAGGCCUUGAAAUCCGGGACAGGAUGUGGUUAAAAAUUACCAUCUCCAAUGCAGUGAUAGGAGCAGAUGUGGUUGACUGGCUUUACACACACGUGGAAGGCUUCAAAGACCGACGGGAGGCUAGAAAAUAUGCCAGCAGCAUGUUAAAACACGGCUACCUCAGGCACACUGUGAACAAAAUCACCUUCUCGGAACAGUGCUAUUAUGUCUUUGGAGACCUCUGUGGCAAUAUGGCUGCACUGAACCUUAACAAUGGUUCUAGCGGAGCCUCAGAUCAGGAUACCCUUGCUCCACUUCCGCAUCCUGCUGCUCCCUGGCCGUUAGGCCAAGGAUACCCAUAUCAGUAUCCUCUGCCCCCUCCGUGUUUUCCACCAGCAUACCAAGACCCAGGCUUUAGCUAUGGUAGUGGCAGUGCAGGAAGCCAGCAAAGUGAAGGAAGCAAAAGCAGCGGCUCAAACCGAAGCAACAGCGAGAACAGCAGGAGGGCUCUUGGCAGAGAGAAGGACCGCAAGUCGGCUGGCAGCGGCAGCGAGUCUGACCACACUGCCCGCAGCGGGGGCGGCGCCAGUGUCGUGCGUCGGGAGAGGCCUGUCAGCCAGCUCAGCCACCGGAGUCAUGUCUCUGCCAAAAAAAUCCUGCUCUCGCCCCCCCACAGCGAGAGAAGCCACCACAGCCAUCAUUCUUACGGGCCUCCAGGAGUGCCGCCCCUCUACAAUCUCCCCAAGCUGGGCUCCAAAGUCUACGGGACGAGCGGACCCCCUGGAGGACCCCCCGUGAGGGAACUGAGCUCUGUUCCUCCAGAGCUGACGGGG